AUGAAAGAGGAAGGGGAGAACAAUAUCCCCCACAGGGACGACCCCCUCCCAGCGGGUCUAACGCUGUCCGAAGUCAUUGCAUUGUACCCCAGGCAUGCCUGGGGUACAAUGCUCCGAGUAUUCAUGUCUGAAGGGUUGUCCGCAGACCAUAUCUGGCGGCUUACGCCGCAAGAUAUGAGAAACACCAGAAGUAUAACGCGGCCGUGGAACUAUAUUCAAGCCGUCGUGGGCGCGAGAGGUGGACAGAAUGCAAUUCGAGGAGACAGGCAACCCGUCAAGGACAAUGGACACGCAGAAUAA